AUGAGGCACUCGCUUGUGGCAGUGCUUUCCUGCAUCCUCCUAGGAGCCAGUGCCAAUGGUCUGCUUAAUUUGAUAUUUCAAAUUCAGUGCAGAUAUAUUCUUAUAUGAAUUAGCAUGCUUUUGUCCUAUGAGAAUUCAGGUAACUUAAAGAAAUGCACCAGAAUGUUCUCAAGUAUCCUUAUUUAACAGCCUGCAGAAAGAACACUGAGGUCCUAUUUGGGCCAAAAUCGAAUAAACAGUAAAGUCUUAGGUUUGAGUACAUGGUCACACGGGUGUUUUGAUAUGAGACUUUCAUUCACAUGCCAGUCCUUUUGAAAAUACGGAAAUGCAAGCGUCUUUCUGAAAAACCUAGACUCUAAGAUAUGUAACCGUAAAGAACGUUCAAAUGCAAUGAUAUUACUGAUCUCAUCGGUCUCCUGUUUCUCAAAGAAAACGUGCAACAACACUGCAAAUGAAAUUCUUCCAGUUGCUGCUGUUUACAUAUUGCCUGAUAUUUUAUGGUAAGAGGAUAUCAUUCCAACAUGUACUAGUCAAAAGCCAACAUCGGGGAACGCUGUGGGACAAACUGAUGAGCCGAACCCCUCUCAGCUUUGUCAUACAGUAGCAGAAUGUCGACGAAACAUGCGUGUCUGGGCCUUUAGCUUGUACCUGUGCUAUUAGUGCGGUAUCCUCUUGCCCUAAAAUCUACUAUUAGCUGUCUGUCAGCAAUUGAUGAAUAUUACACGGUUAUCCGCUGUGUCCAAUAAACUUUGACCCAAAUAUUCAUACAUAAAAAAUCGAUAUAAGCCUAUAGACCUAGAACAUACUGAUCUACUCCAAGUUCGCAGUUAAUUUAUGAGGAAAUUAAGAAACAAAUGUAUUGCCUGAUAAUUACACAUGCACCUUAGAAUAGAUGCACUAUCUCAUGAAAUGUUAACUGCAAUUCUGAAAUGCAUCUUCAGUUAGGGAAGACUGCUUAAGUAAGACUAAGUAUCGCACGCCGUGUCAGGAUGCCGGCUCUAGAAAAAUAAUCUUUCCGGCACUUGUAUAAACUGCAUUCAGUAAACAAUGACUACCUAAGAGGUAUGAAUUUUUCCUAUUGAUGUUCCAUGCUCUUGAAAAUUCAAACAUUUUCAGGAGAAAAUGGGCAAAAAUAUCUUCCUCUUGUCCCCACUUCGUAGCAGGUUGCGUCUUGUUAAAAUAUUUCAGUUUUAAAAACUGUCUCAAUUACUGAAUAAUUUUGAGCCAUUGCACUUGAAUUCAGGAUUUCCAAGCCGUGAGCGGUUUGUCUUCCCUAUAAGGAAAAUCACACAUUUGUAGAUAUUAUUAAGAUGUCGCAUAGUUAUUUUAUUACUUUGCAGCGUAUGUGGACCAGGUUGCAUACUUUACAGGAAGUAUUAAUUAAUGAGCGAAUGCAAGGCUUUAUAGGUAGACAGUUUGCGAUUUCAAAAAAUUCUUACAACUGAUAGCUUGCUUAAAAGCGAAAAUAUCCUCUCUCUAAGCAAGAAUUUUAAAGACGACCUAAUGUACCACCAAUUGGACACAAGAAAGAAUAUAUUUUAAUUGUUCCCUAUAGGAUAUGUUUGACUCAAAAAGCAGUGGGAAAAAGUUGUUUUACAUGAGUCGGCGCUUCUUAUUAAGCGUAGUUUUUGCAGGCUGUUGGAAGGAAGCUAGGUCAAAAGCCGGAAUUUUGACGUGACUGGAAUAUCUUAUGAUUAUGUUGUGCGACAGUUAGUCUAACGGUCCUACUUAAGUUGUCUUUUCCAAUCAAAGAAAAAUUUCAUAAUUUCGAAUAAAAUUUCAUGAGAUAGUGCAUCUGAAAUAAGCGGUUAUUUCUGUAGAAACAGCCUUUGGAACGGUCCUCGGCUUAUUUUGUCAAUUUGCAAAUUUUUAAAGUCCUAAUUCAUGACUGAAUGGGCUGAGGCCACUGCAGGCGGCAGAGGUGAAAGAAUGUUUGUAUUUAAACGUUGAAAAGUCGAACGACUGGCUGGAAAUAAUAAGUGGCCCUAUUUUUAUUUUUGCAUGCCUCUAAAGACCCUUUUCUCGUAAAUUAUACUCUUUGAAGUUGAACCUGGGUUUCCUAAGGACUGUGGGAUUCCAGCGGCCCAACGGAUGGACAAGGAGGAAGCUGAGGGAAGAAAGACCCGCGCAACACCCAACAGUUGGUCUUGGCAUGUAAGUGACUGUUUUUCAUUCCUUAACACACUAGUACCAAGUAAUUAAAUAGUGGUAUAAGCAAUACAGUAUGGUCUUUCCUUAGAACAUAAGUAAUAAGUGAUUAAUAAGUAGCAGCGGCAAUGCGGUUUGCUAAAAAACAAACAUGUUAUUCAUUUUAUAUUACUUACAAUUGAUGCAACCUUGUAGUAGAGCACUGAGGGUCAAACGCCCAUUUGACAUGCCUAUAUACCUCGCUUCAUAAGGCCUGUGACGUACUGAUGAUCGGUAACGACCGUAAAACAGCUGUCUGCGUCUGGUUUGUUGCACUUUUAGCGAGUUGCCUAUGUAGCAUAUGUGGUAUGUAGCAUAUGGCACAGCGUUCGUUGUCGAAAGUAGCAAGCUGGCGGGCGGACAGAAUUGGAUCGAGUGAGAUCCUAACCACAACAGUGAGGGUGAAACACCCGCUUGACAUGCUUAUAUACCUCAUUUCAGAAGGCCUAUGACGUACUGAUGAUCGGUAACGACCGUGAAGCAGCCGUCUGCGUCUGGCCUGUUGCACUCUUAGCGACCUGCCUAUAUACACAUAUAUAUGGUAGGCAAAAUCAACAAGUGCUUAAAUCAGAUGAGGAGCCCAAAGGCGAUAUUUGAAAACGACUGUAGACAAAUGAGACUGCAAGAUGCCGCUCUAGCGCGUUUCUACGGUUUGCCAAAAACUCACAAUCCAAAUGUCCCCCUACGACCCAACGAAGCACUGAAAGACACACCUACAUACGGACUGGCUAAAAGGCUUACCAAGCACUUAAAGAAGCUGACGGAAGGCUCCAACCACACAGCCGCCUCCUCAACGCACUUCCUGGAAAAAGCCCGAGGCAUGACAAUAGCUCCCGAUGAGAUCCCGGUAUCCUUUAACAUCGUCUCUUUGUUCACCCCCACCCCUAAGGAGUUGGCCAUUAAAGUCAUCAGUCACUUACUGGAACGAAAGUACGACGAUGAAGAAAAACUUUUUAAAAGGAAGCACGCGAUUGAGUUACUGGACUACUGCUUAUGCACGUAUUUCACUUUGUACGGCCAUACUUACGAGCAAAUUUAGGAAACUCCGAUGGGAUCCCCGCUCUCCGGCAACCUGGUUGAGGCGGUAUUUUUAGGAAUUGGAAACUCAUGCAUUUCAGUCCUACAAGCCAAAAUUCUGUAUGCGCCAUUUGGACAAUACGUUUGUCGUUCUACACCGAGAUACGAAGGAGGCCUUUAGAGGAGAAUUAAACUCCAUCUUCCCACAAAUCCAAUUCACGAUGGAGGAAGAAGAAGACGGAACGCUCUCUUUCCUCGACGUGCGGGUAACGGGGCAGGAAGAUGGAACCCUCCAGACCAGUGUUUUCCGAAAAGCUACAAACCCAGAGAAAAUACACCACUGCAACAGCAACCAUCCCCUGUCGCAUAAACGCAGUUGCGUCAGGACGCUUUUCCGCCGCAUCACACGCACUGCAGAACAGAGGUCGAGAAGCUACAAGAGUGUGCGUCCCUGUGGCAUCUCUUCCUUGUCAAUGGAUACCCACGUAGCUUCGUAAACAAAUGUCCGUUCCAAAGACACACAAAGACUGACGGUGAAUCAAAUCAAAAACCUGAGUCACUUCAUGUCUUGCCCUACAUGAGGAACGUCUCUGAGGCCACUGAGCGUAUACCAAGACCACUUAACGUGGACGUUGGACACCGACCGGAAGCCACUAUCCGCCGAUUAGUCAUGCAGCCUAAGGGUAGGUUGCCCCUGAGGACAUGUGAAGUGUCAUUAACUGCGUCAACUGCCUAGAAUGUCAGGCCAACAACUGCGGCUAAAACGCGCAUGCACGAGCACACUUUAGCAGUCAAACGGAAAUAUGCACGCUCACACGUUGCCAUGCACAAUCUAAAAAGUGACCAUCGGUUUGACUUUGACGGCGCCCAAGCGCUCGGCCGAGCGGAAAACAGACUGGCACGAGAAAUAAUCGAGGCCUUGCAAACAGUCGCCAACUCCAUCAACCGCAGCGUCGAACUAACGGCGCCAUACGAGGCAGCCAAACACCACUUACGAACCAGGGGAAGCCCACUGAAGAUAGUAAUUGAUGGCCUUAUCAGGAGCGAGAGAGGGGGACCUAUUUAAACGGUGCAGUUCUCAUAUUUCCUAUCUCCGAUGAUGCGCUCGAGUAUGAGUGUGAAACGUCGGAUGAAUAAAUCAUCAUCCCCAGAGCUGGCCUUACCAUCUUCUUCAAUCUCAACACAUGGGAUCAGCAUUUUCGCCUAUAUAUAUGUCUAUAUAUAUAUAUAUGCAGAAUAUUAUUACCGACAAAGACAAGGGAGACUGGAAUGGCUUUUUCUGGCUUAUUAGCCGUCGUCAGCCAACCAUACCUAAGCCCGAAUUGUGGAACACCCGAGCCUUGAACUCGCGACCUGUUGGUUUAGAUGUCCACGCUUCUACCCACCGGGGUACGAGCCCGUUGCCUAUAUCAUGCGCUGUUGUGCGGCUGCUGGUUGGGCUCGAGAGAGCCCAUUAGGCACAACGGAACGAGCGAGUUCCGUAGGAACGAUCGGUGAGUGCCCCCUACCAUUAUAUAUAUGUAUUUAUUUAUAUUUAUAUAUCAACUAGGUAGAAGCAAAAGCAUGUCAGUGAUAACAGAAAUCAAUUAAACUUCGUCCUAUAACACGCGCGAAGUGUAGGAAUGUGGAGGGCUGAGGGAGGGGGUAAUAGCACUCAGCGCCAAGGCCGGAGUGAGAAUGGAAGGGCGCGAAGAGUUGCAGCGUUAGUCGGCUUUCAGGCUCCGCUGCAACUCUCCGCGCCCUUCCAUUCUCACUCCGGCCUUGGCAUUGAUUACCAUUACCCCCCCCCCAUUCCCACACUCUGCCUGCGUUUUAAGACGAAAUUUAAUCGAUCUCUCUUCUCACUGACAUGCUUUUGCUUCUACCCCGUUCCCAUAUAAAUGUACCGACCCGACGAGAAUUUAUCGAAAGCGAACCUAUGCUCGCCAACUGGUCUUCUGAGAAAUUUUAAAGUUCAACGAUCUGACAGAUACUUUCCGAAAUCGUCCAUAUCCAUUUUGUUUAAGUUGAUGCUUUUAACUGUUGCCCUGUACAUUCCGAAUGAGGUGAGGGGGCUUGGUAUCACUAGCUGGCUCCUCAAACAUUGCCUUCGCUUGCUCUUUGGCGUCGACGACUUGAGGACCCUUUCCGACGUGGCAGUUUAGCUGAGCUAAUUUCGACCUGCUGUUAGCGUGGGAUCGGCCUACUGGUCACCGUGGCCCGCUGGAUAAGAACAGUUUCGGUCGGAUGUGUUGAGGACACUUCCACGAUCUGAUCUAGUACCCCUUCAAAGUAGUUCAUGCAGACCUCCGUGGGUCUCUCCAGGAACAUGGUCACAAAUGCCAAAACCCGCGUAAUUUAGCCUCGUGCUAGCCAAGUCUUCCAAGCUUGGAAGUAAGUCGGCAAAACUACCAAUGGAAUCGGGCAACGUACCCACAACUUCACUACUGAAAUCUUCAUAACUCGGCUGAAGAAGAGCAAACCCUCUACCCUCCCACUGGCCACAGUGGGGUGGGGUGGGGUGAUAAAUGCAUGCACCCUAAUAACUUCGACCAGUUAUUUGAAAAUGAAAAAAAGUAAUGCCAAGUGUUGUAAAGGCAAGCGAGGGCUUUGGUCAGACACAGACCAGUGUGCGCUGAGGUGAAAUCACAGUCCGUAGUCCAAAAUGUCAAUUAGUCGCUGUCUUCGACAGCCUAUUUCUAGGCUGCUGCAAAUGAAGUGUUUUGAGAGGAUGCUUCGGGAAGCUGUGGAUGUGCACUUGUAAGAUGGAACAAGCUGCUGCUGAGGAAUGGCAGAGGGAUUGGUUAUUAUCAGAAUGUACAAACCAGAAGAGAUGAAUGUGAGGUUGCAGUUCUUCAUUAAAGGUGCAUAUUAUCCUGGCUGUAACAUCAACUUUAGACUAGAGUUCAGAAAGUGGUUUGGACGACAACCAUAAUAAAACAACGGGAACGGACGUUUAUGAUAGGAAGAAUAUUCAGCAAACAGUCCGCUCUUUAAAACUGUUUACAAAAAGCAGCGGAAUGUGUGAGCCAUUCUAAUAAUUUGAUUUGGCAUGCACUUUGUCGAACCUAAUCUACUCUGCGUCAUGGAAUUUAGGUGCGAACUUAUAUCACAUUUGUUACAACUAAUGGAAAUAUAACCCUGCGAUGAUUUGGACAACGGGACGAGUGAGUGCCAUAAAAAGGACGAUCGGUGAGCUCCCCUCUGCCAUCGUAUAUUCCUCAUCGCGAUUAAGAGGACAUCGAGCCCCUGACUCAGUGGUUAGCGGCUUUGGACUUCUAACUAACAGGUCACCAGUUCGAGGUUAGAUAUGACUGGCUGACGACGGCUAAUAAGCCAGAAAUGGCCAUCCCAGCCUCGAUUGUCUUUGCCUGUAAUGUUAUUCUUCAUAUGUGUAUUAUGCGUCGUGGGCGGCUGCUGGUUGGGCCCGAAAGAGAGUCCGAAGACACAAUGGGAUGAGUGAGUUCCGUAAAAACGAUCGGUGAACGCCCCCGUACCACUGCAAACCAUCAAAGUUGUGUGGACUUUCCUUGGAGCGCUCAGAAUGUUUUUUCUUCACAUUUUAAGGUGGGCUUGUGGUCGGACCGGAGAGGACAACACCCGUUUUGUGGAGGAACGCUCAUCAGUCCUUCCAUCGUCGUGACUGCGGCACAUUGUAUAGGCGCACUUGUUGGCUGCACUGAGUUACCUCUAGGUAAACGAUUUACCAUCCCAGCUGCAUCGGGUGAUCGACUUCAGAUACUUGCUGGUGCCUACGAUUACACAGAAGCUGGUACAUCUGAUCGGUUGCAUCUCGUGCAGUACGUGGUCGUUCACCCACAAUACAACAACACCCUGCGUGAAGAGGGCUAUGACAUCGCGCUAUUAAAGCUGUACGAGGAUGCAAGACCAGGUACUUUUCUACAUUACUGCCUGUAGUAUUGCACUAAACUGUUACUAGCAUCUAUGCUUCGAAUCUGAUGAAAAUGCGUCCUCAUGACUAAUCAUUAUUGGCGAGUAUAAAUAUAUGCAUAUGCCUUCUCACCCAUAGGAUACUAUGUGGGCAUCGUAGCGUGCUCUAAACAAUUCCAUGUUUACCUCCCCGUUUUCCUGUCAAGAAAGAACAGCGCGGCCAAUUUGCUUUCCAUCCAAUCGCUUGACGCUGCAGCGUGGAACCAUUUGCUACUUCGCCGGCUGGGGAGGACUUUAUAAAAAACGGUCACCGAACACACUGGUUUUUCCAAAGACCCUCAGAGAAGCCCAAGUUGAAAUUGAGUGGCAUGUUCCUUGCAUGGAAACCUUUUGGCCGUAUUACAGAGACCUUCACUCGUGCAUAAAAACAGACGGCACGGUACGUUAAAAUGGCUGAACAAGUCACUCAAAAUUUGUGAAUAAUCCUCUCCUGACGCCAUAUAUCGUACUAAAUAGCAGAGUUAGCAAUUAUCUGCUCCCUCGGUGAUGCAAAGUCCUCUGGCGCAAGGAUUGUCACGUGCGUCAACUACGGAGGAUUUUCGCAUUACUGGCACGACACGUAAAUUUGUUCACAGAUGAUUACUGUCUACAUCAAGCCGUUCUAGUUCAGCACUCCUGAUUGUUUUACACCUCCCAACUGACUUUCAUGUGCGCUUUAGAAUCCAUGUGUCGGAGACAGCGGCGGUGGACUAUUCUGCCGUUCACAUAACGACGACGACGAGAGGUGGUUCUGGUACGGAGUGAUAGAGAGCGGAACGGAUGACUGCAGGGGGCGCUGUGCAAUUGUCAGCAAUGUCAAGGCAAUUCACGGAUGGGUAAAAGAAACUGCGCUUCUUCUAAGUCUGUAAUUUGUCAGUUGCAUGAAUCCCCGUCUUACUGAAUAAACGAAACCUUACCCAGAAAUGAAGUUUUGGUGCCGUAUCUCAAAAAACCAAGUCAUACGACGACUCCGAAUGAACUAGAUUUCGCAAAUAUGCACUGCCCAUGGCAUGAGAUCAGGGACAAACACUGACCGCGUGGGACUACUGACGAAUGUUUUACUGACAGUUCAACGACGUUCGAUGGUUAGAUCUGGAGUCACGAGUGUUUUGUCUGGCCUAGGGGCGGGAUCAUUGCCUACCCGGCCCGAUCCAUAGGAUGACCCUAACUCCGUGAGGUGAUUGUGUCAGCACAAACCCCUUCAUGAGAUGGAAUUUAAUAACAGGAUUCUAAUUAGCGGGGCCAACCGAUACAGCCGGGUGACCAUCAGGCCCAGUUAGUUUUCACAUUUUCCACAGUCGUUUUCAAUGUUCAGCUGUACUGCUUUACGAAAUACGCCAAAUUUCGAUAACACCCAACGAGGGUCGAGUAAAGAUAAUUGGACCACGAUGCUCAGCCACGUACAAUGCAUGGGAGCACGAAAUUAGUCGAGGCCGAGAUAUUCCACAAUGGUAGAGGGGCACUCACUGAUCGUUUCUACGGAACUCAUUCGUCUCGUUGUGCCUUACGGGCUCUCUCUCUCUCGAGCCCAACCAGCAGCCGCACAGCGGCGCACGAUAUAGGUGAGGACAAGGGAGACUGGAAUGGACAUUUCCGACUUAUUAGCCGUCGUCAGCCAGUCAUAAUGGUUGGGCUCGAGAGCGAGCCUGUAAGGCACAACGGGACGAACGAUUCCGUAAGAACGAUCGGUGGGCGCCCCUCUACCAUUGUAUAUCCUCGAUCGCAACCGACAAGACGAUCCCGUGGCUCAGUGGUUGAAGGCGAUGGACUUCUAACCAACAGGUCGCGGGAUCGGGCCCCAGGUGUUCCACACUUUGUGGUUGGGUAUCACUGUCUGGCGACAGCUACUAAGCCACAAAUGGCCAUUCCAGUCUUCCUUUUCUUUGUCGGCAAUAUCUUUUUGCCUAUAUUCUACAAUAGACGGAAAGCCACGCAGUACAACAAUCAUUUCCGGUUUCAUUUUUCAUGCAGCUUUCUAGCACCUUAAACUGGUAAUGAAUUCCCUUCUGCUGUUUGACUGGGUUUGAUCAGUGCUCGUCCGUGUACUGGAUGAUAGUGGGGGACAGUUACCGAAUUCCGCGUAAAACCGAAGACUAUGCCUAGGAAUGUCUCCCAGGUGUUCUUUGCUCAACUGUCUGAACUACGACAGCCUGUCUGAAAAUACUGAGGUGCCAAUUUGGACAAUGACAGCCUUGGGAAUACUUGGUAGGAUAUUUUAGAAGGACCGGCUGAUCGAUUUGCGAUUGGCUGCGGGCUAAGUACCCUAACAUCGCGUGAUUCAGAUCUUUGGCGAUACGAACGAGGCGGGUAGAGCUCCGGUGAGGUGGAGAGCAGUAGAUAGUUUCCCCUAUUCCGAUUAUGUGCACGAAAAGUGACGUUCCACAUGUUCAAAACUGAAAAUGUCUAUUCGGUGAUAGUCAUUUAGGUUGUUGAAUCAUAACAUCUUCAGCAUCCUAAAAUCGCGCGAUUCAGAUCUUUGAUGAUAGUCGUUUUGGUGUCAACUCACCACAUCUUCCAAAUAUUCGUAUGUCCAACCAUGUCUCUUGCAAUUGGCCGCAUAGGCGGCCCUAAUUUUAGUGGUAUUUUGAUGCAUGAGGUGACUUAAACAUGUGUUGCGCCGGCCAUUACGCAAAACCAUCUGAGACAUCAGCUAAUUCAACUCCAGCACUGAGUUAUUUCAGCCAAUUGAAGACGUGUUAGGCGUGAUUUAACCCUACCUGAAGUGAAGCUCCGACCUUGCGGAUUCGGUUUGCAGGAAGCGUAUAGCGAUGUUUGAAUGAAGUGGACACUUCUGGCGCUAAUAGGGGACUGAGUGCUGGGCGGUCGGCGUACUCGUCAUUGAUGGCCGAGAAGGGAAGGGAAGGAAGGCGUGAGUCGAUGAAAGGGACGGAAGGUGUACCGGUGGCCACCACUGUAAUUGCCCAACGGGAAUAUACUCUUUUAGCGCUUUAGGAUCACAGUUCUCGAGACAAGGGUUUGUAGGUUCCUCUAAUGACGAAGUUAAUGUACAUUUCUCUAAAAGGUAACCCACCUCGCAGCUCAAAUCGAUCAGACCUAUCGGAAUCUCAGACAUGACAGGAAUAUAUGUAUAUAUAGUAAGGAACUCUACUUCCUUUGCAUAUGGAAAUAAAGCUAGUAAAAUACGUUAAUAUGAUACGGAAAAACGUAGAGACAAAACUGAGUCGAGAUUAUGUCAAAUCGAUGUAAACAUUGCGUCCGCGGUACAAAAAUAGGCAAGCCUUGCACGGGUACGGAAUUAACGUAAAUUGACAGUACGAAGACGCAGGACUUCAUAGGCAGGGUUAUAAAAACACAAGAGUUAAUGGAUGAUUACUUAUUGUUUGGCGACUCCAUACGCGGACCUGAGGACGCACCGAGUUUAUAUAUGAAAAAUUGAGUUUAACGAGAAAACAUCUGGCUUAAACAGCCUCGGUUCAACGUAGUUUGUCACACAGCCAUUGCUACUGACUCGCUGGAAUUAUUUUCCCCGACUUUAUGUAUUUUUGUAAGUGCACCAUUAAUAGUCUCACUCAUAGCCAUGCCUUGUGCAUUUUCGUUUCUGGACCCGCGAAACCUUUGCACUGAACACAUACAGAAAUUCUGAAAUGCCUUUUCGAUUAGAAAGGAUUACUUGGUCGCGGUUGUGAUACCGAUUAUCUUAAGGCAUACUUUUAUAACAUUUUGGGCUUGGCAGGAUGUCGGCUUUUAAGUGCACUUUUCAAUCACCUGUAGAAAUCGUGCUUGGUAAAAAAUGACUACUUAAUUAACAUGCAUUUUCCCAUUGAUUUUCGAUGGUCUUGGAAAUUCAAAUAUAUUUUAUAGAAACCACAAACAAAAAUAUGCUUUCUUUUAGUCAAUCAAUAGAGAAUCACGUCUUCUUUAUAUUUUAUACUUAAGGAAGGAGUAUAAUUAGGUUUUAAAAAAGUUUUUAAUUAUGAGACUUUUUAAGACCGCGAUAUGUCCAUUCACAUAGCAUCCUACCUGGCCCUUUACCACUGCUCCUCAUGAAAUUAACAACAUGGUCCACAUCCAUUGCAAAAUUUUAUGGACCCUGUAUGAUAUCUCUUUAAUGACACAGAAAAAUAUGAAAUUUUCUUUACCGCGGAACGCAUGCAAUCACUAAGCGCUAAUGCAACGAAUGAUCAAGCUCCAAAUUUUUCGGCAAUUAGGAAACUUUGUAAAACCUAAUUAUACUCCUUUCUUAAGUAUACAAUAUAAAGAAGACGUGAUUCUCUAUUGAUUGACUAAAAGAAAGCAUAUUUUUGUUUGUGGUUUCUAUAAAAUAUAUUUGAAUUUCCAAGACCAUCGAAAAUCAAUGGGAAAAUGCAUGCUACUUAAGUAGUCAUUUUUUACCAAGCACGAUUUCUACAGGUGAUUGAAAAGAAGUGCACUUAAAAGCCGACAUCCUGCCGAGUCCAAAAUGUUAUAAGAGUAUGCCUUAAGAUAAUCAGUAUCACAGCCGCGACCAAGUAAUCCUUCCUAAUCGAAAACGCAUUUCAGAAUUUCAGCCAACAUUUCAUGAGAUAGGUCACGCACUGUAUACAUGCGUGCAUGUUCUCUUUCUUUUACAAAUUGCAAAUGAGUUGCGAAAAUUUCCAUAGCAAUACUGAGAAGACGAGGUGGCGAGCAUACGUAGCUUUCGUUAAAUUCUCAUCGGGCCAGUCCAAUUAUAUGGAGACGAGGUAGAAGUAACAACAUGCCAGUGAUAAGAGAAAUCUAUUAAAGUUCGCCUUAAAACCCAGGCCGCGUGAGGGAAUGUGGGAGAGGGAGGAGGCGUCGGGUGAGAGCGAAAGGGCGCGGAGAAAGUUACAGCGUAGGCGCGGAGCCUGGGCGUGGUUCUUCUGUGCGCACAAGAUUGUCUUUCGUAACCUGAUGGCGGCCGCUUCUGCUGUUGCUAACAGGCGCUGGCCCAGUAGCUUAGGAUAGCUCGAUGAAACCUUAUUAAUCACGCGAAAUGCUUCGGUGGGGUCUACACAAUGUCCGAAAUCGACAUGGCGACAAUGGCGCUGCAUAUGCUCCUAGUUGCGGCUUUUCCCAACCAUGCUGGGGGUUCUCCUGGUAUUCUCUUAGAUAAACGCCGACUCGUACGACUAGUAUAAUCUGCUCCACAGGAGCAAGUGGAGGGGUAGAUGAACAUUGAGGUAUUCUGGGGUGGCAAGUUAUCCUUACCUUCACCGCGUAAAAUAGGUUAUUAAAUAAUGGCAUUUGAACCCUUGCUGCUGGGAAGGUUAGCGAGACAGCUUGAUCAAGACGUCUCUUUGUGAAUGCAAAAUGAAAUCGCGGAAAAUGCAUUAGUGUAGAAACCACAUUAUUAUACAGCAUUGUAAAUGGGUUAGUGUAAAAAAUACUCAUCAUAAAAAUCCCCUUUCACACCAACCACUUUAUUAAUAUAACUUCUAAAUUAAAUUAAAGGGAUUUGGGGACGGGACUUGGAUCUGAUUUAGGAGAUAAUCGGUAGGAAUAAGCGUUUUAGUUACUUGUGCAAAACGCUUGCUGUUCUUCCCGAUUUGCGAUGCAUUUUGGAACCCAACCAUGCGAAUGCUCGAGGCCUUAUCGUACUGAUUGCAAACUUAACUAAAACAAAAUCCGGACAAUAAAUACUAGCCACGUUUGUACAUACUUCCCUGCACAGAACCACCGAUUAGAAGUCAACCAUUUCAAACCCGCCCGCACUGUUAUUCCAAAACCGCAGUCCGAUCAUCCCAAAAUGUCUACCCAAGAUGCUGUACGUAUUUAGGGGACAUAAGGUCAUAAAUGUCUGGCAAACCAGCAUUAAAAGCGAAAUGCGUGUCAAAAAGCUUUAUUAAGUAAUUAUAAAAGGUCAACUUAAAACCGUUUUGGUAAGACUAACUGUAGAAAACAUAUUGGCCCUAAAACGAGCGUGGAGCAUUUAAUGUUUAGAGCAGAAAACGUGCUGGGUAUAAUUAAACGAGGGUUGAGAUGGGUCUCUGACAGAUGCCGUAAUGCUACUCAAGUUAUUCCUCGUGAUCAGAUGAUAGCAGUUCCAACCAAAAUAAUGAAGGUCACAUUGCCAGCACAUGAUAAACGACUGUUUCCAAAGUCAUGCUUGCUGUCAAUUGCAAGCAGGGUUAUCUUGAAACGAGAUCACAUGAGUGCAAGUUUUACUCAUCGCCUGCAAGUCAGACCACCAGAAGACCGUGCCUCUUCACGCUCUGUUCGUAUACCGAUUUGCAGGCGAUGGUGACACAAUAGUUUUGUCUGCGUUUUAUACAAAAUCCUCAGUAGAAAAAAAAUGACUACAAAAUUGACACGAAAACUUCACACUAAUUUUCGAUGCCCUUAUGAAUUCACCUAUGUUUUAACGAAUGGUGCACAAGAAUAUUCUUUCGGGCAUUCAUUUCACAGCAAGUCAUGUCUUUUUCGGUUUUCAAACUUGAAGAAUGGCUUUAUGUCUACUUAAAGACGUUUGUAAUUGUGAAAUGUUUCAUGACAGUGUAUUGUCCGUUUAUUGAUGCCGCUCAGAAAAGAUGCAAGAAGGUGCAUAGCCGGUGCAAAAUUGCAUGGGUUCUUGAUGGCAUAAAGAAACGCAUGAUUCACUUUGCGCGAGAAGUGUACAACAAGCAGUUUAGGAACCCAAAGAGCAAUUGCAGCCGCAGAUUCAACAUUGUUCAGGAAAUGAAAAUGUUUUUAUAACCAAGACAUUACCUUUCUCCAAGUUCAAAACUCGAAAUGAACAACCAAAAAUCAGUUCAGUAUAUUUUCCGACUACGGCCCUCUCCUAAUCCUGAAUUCUCUGACAUCCUUCCUAGCGAUGUGUCCUCUUUCAUGUACCUUGUCCUCAAAUCUUUCAUUUUCCUUCCAUAUUGAGCCCCUAUUUACAAAAGUUUGUAAACUUCUUUAUUACAUUCGUCGUUUACGUUCCUACCACACACCUCAACCCUUCGUCUGGCGACUCAUCUAUGCCUGCAUUCUUCCUCUUAUCCUAUACUGUUCUACUGUCUUUUUUCCUGCUUUGCUGAAAAAAGAUCUUUUAAUUAUAAAACUAGUCUUCCGAAUGCUUUGUUCUGCCGCUGGUGUUUCUUAUCUUAUUUUAGUCGACACUAUCCUACAACGACAUUUCAAUAGGGUCAAGCAAUUUUGUUGGUCGGAUUAUAGAUGAAGUUGCCCAUCCCUUACAUUUUGAUCUUAUUUCUGCGAAGACUUCCCGUCCGAUGCGCCGCACCAUCCGACUCGUGUCAUGUCGCAAAUCGGCUUUUCCAGCUUCUGUAUUGCCAUUCCUGCGCGCUAUUACACGUGUGAAGAGAUAGAAAUACAGAAGCUAAGACUUGGACUGUUCCCAUAAUAAUCGUCCCUUUUGUAUUAAACUGUUUGACUUUUGAAUAAUAUAUCAAUUUGUUUACUACCUAUAGGGAAUGAAGCCAAUUUUUUGCUGAAAAUUUUGAAUUUAUGAUUUCAAAAUAAAGCGAAUUCCUCUCUCUCUCAUGACCUAAACUGCUAUUAAAAAUGUAAGCGAAAGAAUAUUCUUGUGCGCUUUUCUAUAAAAAAUAUAAUCAAAUUUACUGGGGUAUCGAAAAUCAGUGCGAAAUCUCUGUGCUAAUCAUGUAGUCAUUUUUUAUCUACUGAGGUUUUUACAUACGGUCGGAAAGUAGCGCAUUAAAAGGUUGAAAUGUCUUGAGGUUGUGCUGCACGAUAACCAUUAUUAAAACUCCACCACAGUUGUCCUUUUUAAUCCUAAACACAUGUGAGAAUUUCGGAUGAAAUUUCACGCGAUGAGCCAGUUGUUGUAUUUCUGAGUUGAAAUGUCUAAAAUCCUGUAUUUUAUCAAGAGCACACUGAGAAUGGGCCUUCAUUGUAAAAGUCAGUUCUUAUUGGCUUUAAGCAAAUCUACCAGUUCGACUUUGAUCGUAAUCUGCAGGAAAGGCGGCAUCAUAAAUCCUUUCUACCGAAUGAAGGCUGCCAAAAUGUUCUAUUUAGAAGUUUUGAUACAGACAAAUAAUAGAUACUGUCUCUUUGGUCAAUUUACUCUUAGCACCGAAAAUAACUAAGUACUCAGUGAAAUGUUGGAAACCAAUCGACAUCCAGUGGAUUCCACUGCUUAUAUAAAGCUAACAGCAAAUUUAGGGACGGAAAAUACUUCUCAGGCGUAGAAAUUGGUAAGCCCAUGGAUGUAUCUGCUAAUCAUUUUCCAAACCGUUCUCUCAACAAGUGACGCUGUGAAAACGCCUGUAACUUUACCCGGAAACUGGAGAAUACAAGUGCAUAUCGAGGGAUGUGAAAACGAAGCGUUUUGGACUCGGGGGCCUGCGUAUUAAUUUUAACCUCUGUUUUAACAUGGAACAUUUGACUGAAUGCCCUAAACUAGUUCUCCGAGGACGUUUUCUGAAACUUCUGUGCUCAUCCUGCCUUAUUUAUUCAGUUUUCUAUCACAUGCACAUGCAUCGGUCAUAUCUGAAAAGUUACUUCUCUAGUCUUGUUCAAUUUUUGGGUUUUUGACAUUUCUUACUAUUCUUAGAAAACUGCCCUUUCUGACUGACCCAGUACCACUUCUCAUGCAUUUUUGUAUUUUCCCUUGUCUAGCAAUAUUCGAAAUUAAAUUAUAUGUUUCUAUGACUGGAAAUUCGUCGGUUUCUGAAUUACCAGCGAUUUUAGUAAAUUUGGGCAGGUUAGGUCUGCAGGUUACCAACUGCGCAAGCUUCGAGCGGCUUGAUUGCAACUAAAAAUGUCACGGCUGGCAUUCGAUUGCCUACACAUUUUCAAUCAACAUUUAACACAAACUGAUUGUAUUUUCAUCGUAGCAAAAUUAUCUGAUUUACUAAGUCGCCAGCCAUCAGGUUGGUGGAUAGCCCAUUAAUCUGGAAGGUAGAAAGAAAGGUUGAAUUACUAGACUCCGUUCCAAGUACGAUUAUUCCCUUCCAGAGGCGCUAAGUGUGACCAAAAUUUGAGUGAAAAUUAUUUCAGCAAACCGCGUCUUACUAAUCGGGUGAACCGGCACUAAAAGCAAAUUGAGUUAUAUAUGGUUUAGUUUUUUGCACUAUUAAAAUGAACUGUCGUCUUUUGCCUCGCGUUAAGUUAAUUGCUUGGUUUUCCUGCCAAAGCACGGCACGUGUGACCUAAGAAGUGAAAAAAUGAUAUUUUUAGUUCCCAAGCUUCUCCGCACAUUCAUGGGCUAGGAUCGCGGAAAAAUGCGAUUGUAAAAAAGUUGGAAGAUAAAAAUGCUCCUGUGUUGGGUGUUUUGUUUUCGAAAACAGAGUGCGACGUAACCGAGAUGUCUGCGCUUUAUAUUCGGAAAUCGGUCUUCGCGACUCAAAACUUGCUCUACGCCCUUCGAUAUUUGGUCAUGAGACACUCGCUUGUGGCAGUGCUUUCCUGCAUCCUCCUUGGAGCCAGUGCCAAUGGUCUGCUAAAUUUGAUAUGUCAAAUUAAAUGCACAAAUAUUUUUAUAUGAAUAAGUAUGUUUUUGCCCUAUAAAAAUCCGGUAACAAUAAUAGAAUGUACUAGGAGAUCCUCAAGUAUCUUUAUUUAACAGCCUGCAGAAAGCCCACUGAGGUCCUAUUUGGGACAAAAUGCAAUAAACAGUAAAGGGUGAGAUGGUAGUUUACUUAGCAUGUCUUAGGUUUAAACACAUGGUUACACGGCUGUUUUGCUGGGAGAUGAUCAUUCACAUGCUAGUCUUUUGAGUCUACGGAAAUGUAAGCGUCUUUGGAACGAAUCUAUACUUUAGGGUAUGUACCUGUAAAGAACGUUCACUUACAAUUAUAUCAUUGGCCUCAUCGGUUUCCGGUUUCUCACAGGCAAAUUGCGACGAUGCUGCAAAUGAAAUUCUCCUAAUCGCGCUACUGACACACUGCCUGGUAUUUUAGGGUAAGGGAACACCAUACCAACAGCAUGAGAACUAACCAAAAGUCCACGUCGGGGGACGCACUGAUGAGCCGAACCCCACUCAGCUGCGCCAUGUGGCGGCAGAAUAUCGGCGAAACACGUACGUAUGGGCUUUUGGCUAGAACCUGUGCCGUUAGUAUGGCAUCGUCUUGUCCUUAAAUAUACUACUAUCUGCCUGUCGGCAGUUAAUGAAUAUCACGCGGUUACCCGCUAUAUCUGAUGAACUUUGGCCCGAAUAUUCAUACAUAAAAAAAUCGGUAUAAGCCUAUAGACCUAGAGCAUACUGAUCUACUCCAAGUUCACAAUUAGUUUCUGAGUAAAUUAAGAAGCAAAUAUAUGACCUGCUAAUUUGACAUGCACCUUACAGUAGAUGUGCCAUCGCAUGAAAUGUUAACCGCAAUUCUGAAAUGCAUCUUCAAUCAGAUCGUGAGUCCAACUAUUGCGCAGCACGAUCUCAGGAUAUUUUAGUCACGUCAGGAUGCCGGCUUUUGAACAAGUUUCUUUUCGGCACUUUCAAAAACUGCACUCUGUAAGAAAUGACUACCUAAGUGGAAUGAACUUUCCCUAUUGAUUCUGCAUAUUCUUAUAAAUUCAAACAUAUUUUGUAGAGGAAAGGGUACAAAUAUUUCUUCUCGUGUCCACUUGGUAGCAAGUUACGUCUUCUUUAAAUAUUUCGGUUUUAAAAGCCUUCUUAAUUGCCGAAUAAUUUUAAGCCGUUACACUUGCAUUCAAUGUUUUCAAACCAUAGGGAGAAUAACACAUUUUUAGAUAUUAUUAAGAUGCCGUAUAGGGCUUGUAGUAUCUCGCAACAGAUGUGGACUAGGUUGUGUACUUUAUAAGCAGUAAUAAUAAAUUAACGGAUGCGAUGUUCUAUGGGUAGACAGUCUAUGGUUUUAAAAAUUCUCAGAAUUGGAAACUUUUUUAAAACAAACAAUAUCCUCAAUCUAAGUAAAAAAAUUAAAGAAGACCUAAUUUACUACCACUUUGACAAAAGAUGGACUAUUUUCUGAAUGUUCUCUGUGAAAUUUAUCUGAGUCGAAAAUCGGUAGGCGUAAUUCAUCUAACAUAAGUAGUCAUUUCUUGCAGAGAUUAGUUUUUGCAAGCAAUGGGAAGGGGCUCGACCAAAAACCGGAAUCCCGACGUGAAUGAAAUAUCUUGUGAUUAUGCUGUGCGACAGUCUUACGGCCCUAUUUAAUUCGUCUUUUCUAAUCAAGACCACAUUUCAUAAUUUGGGCUAGCAUUUCAUGGUAUUGCGCACCUGAAAUAAGUGACUAUUUUAGUAGAAACAGCCUUUAGAAUGGUCCUUGGAUUAUCUUGUCAACUUUUCAAUUCUUAAAAUCUCAAUGUAUGACUGAGCGGACUGAAGUCACUCGACGCAGCAGAGGUGACAGAAUUCUUGCAUGCAAAAGUUGUAAAAAUGGAAUGAUUGGCUAAAAAUAAUAAAUGCAUCUAUUUUUAUUUUUGCAUGCAUUUAAAGACCCUUUUCUCGUAAAUUAUUAAGUCUAUGAAGUUGAGCAUGGGUUUCCUGAGGAUUGUGGAAUUCCGGUGGUCGAACGGGAGAACAAGGAGGAAACUGAGAGAAGAAAGACCCGCGCAACACCCAACAGUUGGUCUUGGCAUGUAAGUGGCUGUUUUUCAUUCCUUAACACACCAGUACCAAGUAAUUAAAUAGUGGUAGUAGCGACGAAAUAUUGUUUUGCCUUAGAACAUAGGUAAUAAGUAAUUAAAAAGUAGCAGCAUUAAUGCAGUAUGGUAAAAAAACAAACAUGUCCUUCACUUAAUAUUACUUACGCAAUGGAUGUGACCUUGUAGUAAAGCACUGUGCAGAGUGACGUACGACACUUAAUAAGCCGAAUUGCUCAGUUCAUAAGGAUAUCUCUUUUAUAAACCUAGGCCGGGAGCGUCAUUAUAUCUCAUUGCCUGAUUGUGAAUUACCCGUGUAAUCCGUCCUGACGCUUUACAGAAAUUAAAUCGAAAUGAUGCUCUGAUAGUGUGCUUGAUAAUCAGAUCAGAAUGAAGUUCGAAAAAUGGGAUAACUGAAGCUAAGCAUCCGGUGCCUUUUGCGACGCUGCGCCUCUCGUCAGUGCCUGCAAAUGCUCACCAGUGGCGGUCUGAUUCUCGGCCAAUCGCGGCAUUUCAAACCGGCCAAUCAUCUUCAAGGCCGACUCAGGUGUGCACUCGUACAAAGCGUGACGUGAUACAUUCCCCGCUGACACUUGGGAAAUCGCUCUCCCAGCACCACUCUCAGGCUGCCAGCUUACUCCGACGGGUUCUUUAAUUGUUCUGUACAGAAUCCGGUAUCCUUUCGACUGGUGCCCAACACUCUUUCUGUUGGGGACCAGAUCUUAAGGUCGUAGUGGAUAGGGUUUGCCAAUGGCCUAAGCUGUCGUGACACUGGUGACCUCGACUUAAUCGAAACGCCGCUGCCAGACGGGACUCAGCUCAGCGAGCAUGAACUUUACACUCGAUCUUAUCCCACUGUUUCCAGCAUGUCGCCUCUUGUAUUCGUUGAUAGGAAAAUGCGGUUGUGGACACCUUGUUACGAUUUCAUCAAAUAAACCCUGCCCACUGAGUCUAGGCCGAUUCCGAUCUAGUCAAGCAGCGUAGCCCCUUCAUCAAUGCCAACACCCGAACUCCUUUCCAGUAUAUGCGAAUGCCAAAAAUGUUGUAUUUUCCGAGCAAGCGGAGCAUGAUAAUCAUUUCGUUGGUGGACCUGCAUAGCUCCGAUCAGGAAAAUGUGUAGUGACCGCUGCUAUGCCUUUUAUUUACACAAAAAAUUUAUAGUUGCGAAAAUUCCCAUGGCAGUAUUGCGAAGACCAGUUAGCGAACAUAGUUGUGCGUCUGAUAAAUCCUCACCAGGUCAGUACAUGCAUAUGGAGACGCGGUAGAAGCAAAAGCAUGUCGAUGAUAAGAGAAAUCAAUCAAACUUCGUCUUGAAUCACAGGCGGGGCGUGGGAAUGUGGAAGGGUGGGUUUGGGGGGGGGGGGGUUAGAAGUCGGUGCCAAGUCCGGGUCGAGAGCGGAAUGAGGCGGAGAGUUACACUGUUAGUCGACUUUUAGGCUCUGCACCUACCGCGGUCGAAAGUCCUUUAACGCUGCAACUCGCUGAAGAAUCACUUUCAGGCUCCACACCUACCAUGCGACUCUCCGCGCGCCCUUAUGCUCCCAACCGACUGUUACUGUCCCCACCCCUCUAUAUUCCCACACCCUCCUGUGUUUUCAGACGAGCAUGAAUCGAUCUCUUUUAUCGCAGACAUGUUUGUGCUUCUAUCCCGUUCCCAUAUAAAUGUACUGGCCUGACCAUAACUUAUCGAAAGCAAACGUAUGCUCCCCAACUGGUCUUCUGAAAAUUGUUAUGGCUAUACGAUCUGACAGGUGCUUUCCAAAAUCGCCCUCAUUCAUUUUUGUUUAGUGUGAGAUCGAUCUAUUGGUCACUGUGACUCGUGGAAUAAGUGCAGUUUCGGUCAGAUGUGUUGAGGACACUUUCCCCCAGGCGGGUCCCUUCAGGAGCAUGAUUGUAAAUGCCAGAACUCAAAUCCACGCGCAAUUUAGCGUCGUGCUAGUCAAGUCCUACAAGCUUGGAAGCAAGUCAGCAAACCUGUCAAUGGAAUCGAAUAAAGUACCCACCACUUCACCACAAAAAUCUUCAUAACCCGGCUUUAGAAGAACAAAUUGCUCUGAUGAUGGGUUCAAUUGGUAAUCCGAAACGUCAGGCGAAUAAAGCCCUCGUUCCAGCGAUUGCUCCUUCUCCUUAUCAACUAGUUCCUGGAACUUGCAUAUUCGCGUACAUCGUAGAACAAACCCUCCGCCCUCCAAUUAGCUACACCGGGAGUGUGAUAAAUGCAUGGACCCUGGUAACGUCGACUCCAGUCACUUGACAGUGGAAAAAAAGAGCAAUGACAAGUGUUAUAGAGGCAGCCAGCGCGUGGGUCAUAUACAGACCAGUGUGCGUUGAAUUCAGAUCACAGCCCGGAGCUCAAAAUGCCAAUUAGUCGCUGUCUUCGAUAGUAUAGAUGACAACAAUAAUAAAGUGACGGAGAUGGCUUCCAAAUGUAAAUGUCUGCAAGACUUUAAACGUUUAUGGUGGGAAGAAUAUUCAACAGCAGCAGAGUGUGAGCCUGUCAAAGAAUUUGAUUUAUCGAACCUAAUCUACUCUACGCCAUGCAGUUUAUGUGUGUGCUUAUAUUACAUUUGUUACAAUUAAAGAGAGGCUAACCCUACGGCGAUUUGGCAAGCGGGACGAGUAAGUGCCUCAAAAGACGAUCUACCAUUGUAUACUCCCGAUCGCAGCCGACAGGACAACGAGCCCGUGGCUUAGUGGUUGGAGGCGUCAGACUUCUAACUACUAGGUCUCGAGUUCUAACCCCAGGUGUUCCACACUUCGGGAUUGGGUAUGCCUGGCUGACGACAGCUAAUAAGCCAGAAAUGGCCAUCCCAGCCUCGAUUGUCUUUGCCUGUGAUGCUAUUCUUCCUAUGUGUAUUAUGCGUCGUGUGCGGCUGCUGGUUGGGCCCGAAAGAGAGUCCGAAGACACAACGGGAUGAGCGAGUUCGGGAAAAACCACUGGUAAACGCCCCCCUAACACUUUAAGCCAUCAAAGUUGUGUGGACUUUCCUCCGAGCGUGUAACAUGUUUUUUCUUCACAUUUUAAGGUGGGCUUGUGGUCGGACCGGAGAGGAGAACACCCGUUUUGUGGAGGAACGCUCAUCAGCCGCUCCCUCGUCGUGACUGCCGCACAUUGCAUCGGCGCUCUUGUUGGUUGCCAUGAUUUACCUUUGGGAAGGCCAUUUAGCAUGCCAGCUACAUCGGGUGAUCGACUUCAGAUACUUGCUGGUGCCUACGAUUACACAGAAGCUGGUACAUCCAAUCGGUUGCAUCCCGUGCAGUAUGUGAUCGUUCACCCGCAAUACAACAACACCCUGCGUGAAGAGGGCUAUGACAUCGCGCUGUUAAAGCUGUAUGAGGAUGCCAGAACAGGUACUUUUCUACACUACUGCCUGUAGUAUUUCACUACACUGUCAUUAGCAGCUAUGCUUCGAAUUCGAUAAAAAUGCGCCCUCUAAUCAAAUUGGACCAAACCAAUAAAACUGGCGUGUAUAUAAAUAUAUCCGUAUGCCUUCUCACCCGUAGGCUACUAUGUAUGCAUCGUAGCGUGCUCUAAACAGUACCAUGUCUACUGUCCUGUGUUCCUGUUAACGGUGUAAAGGUGAGUCCGUGCGACCUAUCUGCUUUCCGUCCAAUCGCGUGACGCUGCCGCGUGGAACCAUUUGCUACUUCGCCGGUUGGGGAGGACUUUACAAGAAAUGGUCAGGAGGCACACUGGUUUUUCCGAAGACGCUCAGAGAAGGCCAAGUCCAAAUUGAGUGGGAUGAUCCCUGCAUGGAGACCUUUGCGCCGUACUACAACGACCUUCACUCGUGCAUAACAACAGAGGGCACGGUACGUUACAAUGGCUGAACAAGUCACUGAAAAUUUGCGAACAAUCCACUCCUGCAAUUAUAUUUAACACUUUAUAGCAGUUAGUAACUAUCUGCUCACUCGGUGACGCGAAGUUCUCUGGCUGUGGGAGCACGAAUUGUCACGUGCGUCGAAUAAGGCGGAUGUUUGCGUUACUGGCACGAUAUGCAAAUUUGUUCACAGAUGAUUACUGUCUCCAUCCAGCCGUUAUAGUUCAGAACUCCUGUUUGUUUUACACCUUCAGAAUCCAUGUGUCGGAGACAGCGGCGGUGGACUAUUCUGCCAUUCACAUGA